AUGUAUGUAAACCCAGCUUCAUGUCGUUUGAUGUCCUUCUUUAUUGGCAUCACUCAAGUAUGCUUCAUGCCAGCACCCGUCGGUGACUGUAACACGUGUUGUCCUCGCGACGACGAUAUAGAUAUACAAUAUAAACUAUAUACGAGGUCUAAUCCGAUCAAAUAUGACGUCAUUUACCCAAGGAAUGCUUCUGCUUUGGCCAACACUCGUUUUAACCCAAUGAAACCGACUGUCAUUUAUUUAUUCGGUUUCUCCGAAGCAGUGACGGGGCCCAGUUCGACAAAUAUGAGAAGAGCUUUUCUGAAACGAGAUUUCAACUUUAUCAACGUUGAUUGGUCGAGACUUAUUGUGUUUCCGUGGUAUUUGACAGCAGUUCAAAACACAAGGUAUAUGGGUCACAGGUUGGCGGAGUUUAUAAGCUUUCUUAAUUCUAAUGGUAUUCCUGCUGAGUCUCUCUACGUGAUAGGCUUUUCGUUAGGAGCAGAGGCUGCUGGCUUCGCUGGGAAAUAUCUCAGAUCCAGCGGUUUAAGGAUUGGAAGAAUAACAGGUUUGGACCCAGCGUAUCCCGGGUAUGGUUUUGGUGGCAAGAAUGCUCAUCUUGCUAAAGGGGAUGCCUUGUUUGUUGACAUAAUACACACAAACCCAGGUCUCUUUGGUUUUCCGACGCCGAUAGGGGAUGUAGACUUUUAUCCCAAUCCAGGAUUAUGGAUCCAACCAGGGUGUUGGGUCGAUCAGCUUGUUAAAAAUAACGAGCUCAGCUAUUUUUAUGGCUGUAGCCACAAUCGCGCAUGGCGGCUGUAUGUUGAGUCAGUGAUGAAUCCUAUGGCGUUUCCAGCGACGUUUUGCAGAAAUUACACAAACGGCGACCCUUCUUGUACAUUUGAAGUUGACGGGUACAUGGGCUUCGGAGCCCAGCCAGGGUUGCAUGGUAGAAUGUAUCUUACAACAAGAGAAAAGCCGCCGUACUCUUUAUACAGCCCAUAG